GAAGAACAAAAGCCAGUUGCUGGUGAAUCCAUGGUGUGACUCAAGCAUUUACUGGAUGGCAGGAGUGGGAGCUGUGUGCCUGUUGCUGUAGCAAAAGUGGGUGGGCAUCAACCGAAGGAGCAGCUCUGGCUGGUGAGGUGGGGAGUGCCAUGGGGGCACCUGGGCCCCCCAGCCUUGGCAUUGUCCCCGGGCAGCUGCGGGCCCCGGUGUGAGGAAAUGCCGGAACGCUGAAGCUGCUUGGUGAGGACAUCGCACCAGGAACCCACUGGACUUCUCUAGACCUGUCCCUCUCCGCCUGCACUCCUGGCCUGAUUUGGGUUCUUUCUGCUGUGAGGAUCCCUAGGCACUCUCCCACUCCCUGAUUUCUCAGCCGUGAUCAUGCGCCAGAUUUUCUGGGAAGCUUAAUUGUACACUUCCAUGGAGCAGUGACUGCCGGGGAAGAAGAUCCCGGCACAGCGGAGCGGGGAGGGCUCAAAAGGUGAAAGAUUCCCAGCUGGUCAGCAUGGUUAGGAGAGACUUGAGACCUGAUUCUUCCUUCUUCAGCUUUCUGGUCGGUCUGUCCAGGAGUCUCCUUGCCUUUGCAGCCCUUGCCAAGAACCAGACUUCUAAAGGUUUUGCUCCUGUCACAGUUGAGACCCCCAGACACACGUAUGAAUACGUGGCCACUGCUCUGGACUGGUGGCAAGCUGACAGGUACUGUGAGCAGCACUUUGCACAGCUGCUCUUGGAACCCCAGGACAGUGAGCAAGGCUCCUUCAGCAAACUGCUGCAGUCCCACCACAUCCGAGGUUCUGUCUGGAUAAAGGAAAGGGACAGUGUCCUGCACAAAACAAAGAGGAGACGUGGCCACACUGUACCAGUCCUGGUGUUCCGAGACAAAACAGACACAAAAUACGUGAAAGUGCUCUCUGCCUUCCCGGCACUGCCUGCUGUCACAGCCUGUGCCCACCUGCAGUGGGACACCAGCACCCAGGAGAUCGCCACCAUCUUCUCCUACGCCGUGCCUGCCUUCAUGAACGAGUUCCAGCUCCGUGGCUUUGUGGAUGAGGAAGGCUUUGUCCGCUUUGCUCUCAUCGUCCACGGCCACCACUCCCCGUACCUGCCUGUGUUCCGUGCUGAUGGACAGUGGCACCACUUCUGCGUGACCUGGCAGCAGGAAAACGGGACCUGGGCCAUCUAUGCCGACGGGAAAAGGAGGGCAUCAGCCAGUGGUCUGUGUCCUGUGGGGCCCUCUGCCCCCCAGGCCAUCUUUGGCCAGGGCACCUUCAUCAUCGGGCAGGACCAAGAUUCCCUGGGGGGCACCUUCAGGGCAAAGGAGUCCUUCAGUGGGAACAUCACUGACCUGCACAUCUGGCAGAAAGCCCUCAGCCCCGAGCACAUUGAGAAAGUUCGCUCCUGCGGGGUGGUAGAGCAAGACCUUGUUUUUGGGUGGAGCUCAAAUGCCCUGGAAGUGGAGAGGACCGUUCAGGCAGUGGCCACACGGCUUCUCUGCCCAGGACCUGUGGAGGAAUGCAGAGUUUUGGAAGUUGGCAGCAGUGGAUUCAGUUAUGCCUCUUGUUUGCAGACUUUGCCUUUCAUCUGUCACUACAGCAAGGAUGCAUACUGGCAGCUGAAAAGAGCUCAGCAGGAGUCCAGUCACUCGCUGGCCCGCCGCGUGAACAGCCUUGCAGCGAGCACUGUGAUUCCUGACAGUGUCUUCACGAGUGGUGUGCAAGAUAUGAACCUCUCUGUGGCUCUUGAUGCUCUUGAUAUCUUGGCAACUGUUCUGAGAGAAGAAGUGCCCAUGCUUGAGCCAACUGACCUCCUUGCAGUUCUUCAAUUACUAAAGCAAGUUUCAGAUUUGGAAAUCCAGGAGGGAGAUGAGCUGGAGAUGUUGGAGCAGUUGGGCCAGUAUUACAUGGAAGUAACUGAGUCAAUUCUGGCAGAGCAGAAUACUGGGACAUGGUCAUCGAUCAGCCAGGUUAUCAGGGGGCCCAUGGCUGUGGUUGAGCUCUGUGACAGAAUGGUGUCACUCUUGGUCCCACUGCUGACCACAGAGAGGACAAAGAUCACGAUCCAACAGGGGAAUAUUGGGAUGGAGGUGAGGGAGCUGGAGCUGAGCGAGCAGGAGCUGAGUGCCUCAGCAUACGAGAUCCAGACCCCUGAGAAAGGCAGGCACGACCUCAUCGAAAUUCCUGCAGAAGAAAUGCAAAGGCUGAAAUCCAGAGGUCUCCGCAGAGUCACAGUGAAGAACAUGUGGUUUGGCUACGGCUCCCUGCAGCGCUGCCUGUCCAGCAGUGGCACCAGCGCUGUGUCCCAGGGCACAGCUGCCCCUGAUGGGGCUCAGAAGUACCUGAGCACCACCGUGGGCACGGCUGUGAUCUCCUCCACCCUGCUCGGUGAGGACCAGGAGAUCAGCACGGCCGUGCGCUACCGCCUGCAGCACCGUGUCCAGGACCUGCCCGAUGCUCUGGUGGGGCCCGUCUGUGCCUUCUGGAACUUCAGCCUCAGCCCAGAUGCUGGUGGGAUGUGGUCCACAGCCGGCUGCUCUGUGGCCAAGUCUCUCCCAGACUCCACUGCCUGUUUUUGCAACCACAGCACAAAUUUUGCCAUCCUGCUGCAGGUGCACGACAUGCAGAGGACCACCAAGGAGGAGUUCAUGCUGCAGACUUUGACUUUUAUUGGAUGUGGAGUUUCCUUCUGUGCCUUGACAGCCACCUUCAUUUUGUUCUUGGUAGUCCGCGUCCCCAAGAGUGAACGAACAACUGUGCACAAGAACCUGAUCCUUGCACUGGCUGCAGGAGAAGCUCUGCUCAUGUUCAGUGAGCUGGCCAAGUCCAACCAGGUGCUGUGUUUCAUGGUCACUGCCUUCCUGCACCUCUUCUUCAUGGCAGCCUUCUCAUGGAUGCUGGUAGAGGGGCUUCUCCUCUGGAGCAAGGUGGUAGCAGUCAACAUGAGCGAAGGCAGGAGAAUGAAGUUUUACUACGUGACAGGCUGGGGACUUCCAGUCCUUAUCGUGGGGGUGACUCUUGCAACUUCCUUUAACAAGUAUGUGGCAUCCAACCACUGCUGGCUGAACGUGCAGACCAACGUCAUCUGGGCCUUUGUGGGGCCUGUGCUCUUCAUCCUGGCUGUGAACAGCUUCGUGCUGCUGCGGGUGGUGACGGUGACUGUGGCCAGCGCUCGCAGGAGAUCCAAGAUGCUGACGCCCAACAGCAGCCUGGAGAACCAGAUGGGAACACAGCUCUGGGCCACGGCCAAACCCGUCCUGGUGCUGCUGCCCGUGCUGGGGCUCACCUGGCUGUGUGGGCUCCUCGUUCCCCUCAGCAUCGUUUGGGCCUAUGUCUUCGUGGUGCUGAACUCCCUCCAGGGCCUGUACAUAUUCCUGGUCUACGCAAUCUAUAACAGCGAGGUGAGGAAUGCCAUCCAGAGGAUGAAGGACAAGAAGAAAGCCCUCUCAUUCACAAACUGCUCUCAUCCAAUCAACUACUUAUCCAGUCCACGGAACACGACCUCCUGGGACACGGGGAAGCUGAGUCCUGCAGCUGAGGCUGCCCUGCCAGGCCCUGUGCAGAAAGACCCUCCAGUGAAGAACAUCACCAGCAAAGGAAAUUUUGGAGCCAAAAUUCCCAUGGGCAUCUCAUCCAUUAUGUCAGCCGAGAGACCGGCCGUAGAGCUGACAGCGUUCAAGUGCUCAGGUUUCUGAGAAGUUUCUGGGUGAGGAGCCUGCAAUGCAGAGGGUUCUCCAGCAGGAAGGAUGGCAGGUUGGAGGAGCUGGCUUUCCUUGGAGAGCUUCCAGCCCAGGCAGAGCUGACACCCUGCACCCCUUCCCAGCACCACGUGCUGCCAAGCCAAGGCAGGGGCAGUGUGGGGUCUCAUGGGACUUUGUCUGCUGCUGACAACUGCCCUGCUCCUCUCCUGGGUGGGUACCUGUGUUCUGGUAGGAGUGAGUGCCAGUCUCUGCCAGGGCUGUUCUGGGGCAGCGCUGCCAGCCCUGAGCCUGGCAGGGCAGGGUUGUGGCUCUCGCUGUGGCUGCCUGGGGGAGCUGGAGCAGAAGGAUGGGAACAAGCCCAGCCUGCCCGUGGCUCCCGUGCCUGUGGGGAUGGCAGCACCCCUGAGCUGGGGCAGGGCUGGGACGGGCUGUGUACCAAGCACAGGCACUAGGGAAGCCAGCAGCUGGCUUCAAGCCCUUUCUAAACCAGCUGACAUCAAUAGCAUCUUCUGCUCUUUAGGACAAAAAUCCUCUCCCUGCUCCUGCUUGGGUUCCUGCCCAGCUGGCCUGGCCCCUCGCCAGCUGGGCUCUGCUUUCCUUCCCUCUUCUCCUGUUACCUCUGUAGUGUUUAGAAAACAGAAAAUGUGGUGGGUUUUUGCUGAUUACGACAACAGUAAAUGAUGAUUUUAAAGACAA